AUGCCCAUUUUAAAUAAUGACCUCUUGUUGUAGCAGGUAUAAAUAAAAUUUUGACUUCUCUCUCCUACUACCUGUUUGUUAAUUUGCUAGAGAGAAAAGACAGAAAGAAAGAAAGGAAAACGAAAGAGAGAUAGAGAAAGAUUGAGAGCUCUGUGGGUGGAGGAGGAUAGAUUAAACGAGCUUUGUGAUGAAGAAUAUGUUGGACUGAAGUGAGGAGAGGACCCCACAUAUCACGUUCACCAUCUUCUUCAUCAAAUCUUUAUUCUAUCUAUCCCCUCUUUUCUUUUUUCGUUUCUUUCUGUAAAACUUAAAAGAAUAUUAUAUCACCAACCAACCCACCACCUUAAGAUCCUCCUCCUUCUUGAUUUUUUUUCCUUUUAAUUUUAUGGUCAUUUCCUUGGUUUUACUCAUAUUAACUGUUGGGUUCAGCUUAUUUUGAUUUAACACCAACCCAUCAGGUAUUUGUUUUUCUUUUAAUACCUUAUUAUUUCCAAAAUUUUGUUUGUUUCAAAAGAUUGAAAUUUCAAGAGAUUUUGAAGAUAUGGGUCUUUGAAUCUAGACUUAUCUUCAUAUCCUUUUAUUGGGAACUCCAGGUGUCAGAGAAACCCAUAUCAGAUCUGAGUGCCCCACCUCUCUUUCUCUCUCUUCAUUAGCUUCCUUGAUUCAUCCAAUUAAACCCCAUUUACUUAUUUUUUUUUCUCCUGUCUUUGAAUGACAGCUGUUUAAGGUGUCUGUACGAUUGGGUUCUUGUUAAACAAGAGCAUAUCAUAAAGAUCAAAUAAACACGUAUUAACUAUUAAGUUCCUUUAAUUUGUAGCUUGGUUAAGGUGGCUGACUGCCCACCAAAUUUGUCUAAAAUUUACCCUUUUUUCUAUCUUCUGAUAUAAAAUUGGAAGAGGAGGCCCACCAUUGGGUUUGGUGGGCUUCGUUAAACUAAUUCAAUAAAUUAAACCCAAAUUUAAUCAAAGUGGGGAGUUGGGUUCUGUUUAAGAUCCCACAUUUUCCAUAUUUUCUUUCAUUUUUUCACUGAUUAUUUGUGGUGGAAAGAGGAACGAAACACAAGUUCAAGCUUCCAAUACAUAUAUUUUUACCAUUUUGGUUUUGUUAAACUUUUUAUUUUUUUUAUCAUUUAUGCCAAACUUGAGUUUGACCCGUAAGAGAAAAAAUAUUCACCUUUUCUCAUGCUACUCUACUUGUUUAUAACUUGUGUUCCCUUCUUCCUCUUUUUAAAGUCUCUCUCUUUAAAACCACUCCCACCAUGGGCAAGUGAGAUGAGAUUGUUGUCAACCUGGUUCUGGAAAUAUUUGUCCUUCUUUAACAAAUCCCAGCUCACAAACAAGAAGAAGAAGCAAAUUCAUAUCUUUUCAAGUUUGUUUCUUUCUCAAAAUAUGUCUCUGAAGAGGAAGACUAAUCUGAGUUCGAAGGUGGAGAAUGUCGAGGAGAUGGGACAGAUGUCGUUUCUUGACUUGCCAGAGUUGGUGUUGGACUGCAUUCUUGAGAGACUUCCACCUGAGGCUUUAUGUAGCAUGGCAGGUGUUUGUACUUCUAUGAGAGAGAGGUGUAUGAGCGAUCGUCUUUGGGAGAAACACAUGAAGCUGAAAUGGGGUAGUCUCAUUGGCCAAGCUGCUUACAGAGAGUGGCAAUGGCAUAUUGCUUCAAAAAAUGAUAUGGGCAAUCUCAAACAAGGGAAACAAAGAGGCCUGAUGAGAAUUCUUUCUCUUGGUUGGCCUUUUUCAUGGAUUGUUAGAUCAAAGGUUGACGAUAUUACUAGUAAGCAGAGGAGUACUUUGCCUGUUGAUUCCAUCAUGGCUUGGUAUCUUGCUCUUGAAACCGGCAAUUUCUUUUUCCCAGCUCAGGUCUACAAUCGUGAGAAUGGUCAUGUUGGGUUUAUGUUGUCAUGCUAUGAUGCUCAGGUUAGCUACGACCCUCGUACUGACACCUUCCAAGCCAGGUACCCACCACACGGAAGGAGGGCAGUGGCAGUUGAGACUGGUGUACCAUGGGAAAGGCUUAGAGCACCACCUGUUGAAACUCCUCCUCAUGAUCUUCACCUCUCUGACUGUUUGCAUGAGUUAUGCCCUGGAGAUCAUAUUGAGAUUCAGUGGAGAAGAAACAAAGAGUUUCCUUACGGUUGGUGGUAUGGAGUUGUUGGUCACUUGGAAUCAUGUGAUGGGAAUGAAAAUUACUGCCGCUGCCAUGAUAGUGACACUGUGGUGCUCGAUUUCAACCAGUACACACCAGGUUCGCGAUGGAGACAUACAACAGUCAGUAGAAAAGACCAUAGAGAGGAAGGAAAUGAAGCUGAUGGUUUCUAUGGCGGAAUACGGAAGCUUAACAAAGAGGAAGAAAUUUCGACAUGGAAGAAAAUUUGGCCUGCUGAAACGUUGGAUUAGGCUUUUGGCUUUAGGAUUUUAGGAGAGAAAAGGAUAUACUACUACCACUUCCCACGCUUGAUCAAUGUACAAGAUCCAUUUUUAUUCAGAUCAAAAUGACUUCUCAUUCAAUCUUGCUUGAUAGAAGAUAAGAUUUGAAUCGAGAUAUGUGAGGCAAUUGAAUGAAUUAAAAUGCCAUACAUUCUUAUUUACUCAUAUUCCAUGAAGUUAAGAUCCAUUAUGUAUAUUGCUCCAAAUUGGUGCAACAUUGAUGAUUUGAUGUACUAUAACACUUCAUAAUAGAAAGUUGUACUUUUACACUA